AUGGAUACCUUGGACCUUUCUGUUUUGAUUGCUAUUGCCUUGGCUUUGAUAGCUUACUUUAGCAAAGGAUCUCUUUGGGGCAAAGAGGAUGAUAACUCCGUCCACGGAGUAGCUGGAGGAUUUCAGACCAGAGACCUGGUUGAGAUUUUGAACUCUACCAACAAGAAGGCACUCGUCCUUUACGGAUCACAAACAGGUACAUCUGAGGAUUAUGCUCAUAAGUACGCUCGUGAACUGCAAUCCAAGUUCAGCAUUCCCACCCUCUGUGGAGACUUGUCAGAGUUUGAUUUUGACAAUCUGAACGAUAUCCCAGAGCAGGUCGAAGGGUUCACUUUCAUCACUUUCUUCAUGGCUACGUACGGCGAAGGCGAGCCUACUGACAACGCCGUAGAGUUUAUCGAGUUUCUUAAGAACGACGCCGAGGAUCUGUCUAAUCUGAAGUAUACUGUGUUUGGGUUGGGUAACUCUACUUACGAGUUCUAUAAUCAAAUGGGUAAGACCACUAACAAGCGUUUCUCAGAACUUGGUGCUCAAUUGGUUGGAACCUUUGGCGAGGGCGAUGAUGGUCAGGCAACUAUGGACGAGGACUUCCUAGCAUGGAAAGAUUCCCUGUUUGAUACAAUCAAGAAGGAUUUGCAUUUGGAGGAACAUGAAGUUGUCUACCAGCCAGGUCUAAAAGUAAAGGAGAACACAGCGCUUACAACAUCUUCUCCUAAUGUCUCUGUUGGUGAACCUAAUAAGGCUUAUGUUCUUCGUGAAGAUGAGAAUCUGCUGCAAUACGGUCCCUUCGACCACACUCAUCCUUACAUUGCGCCCAUCUCCAGCUCCAGAGAACUCUGUUCUGAAACUUCGGAGAGAAACUGUAUCCAUCUAGAAUUUGAUCUCAGCAACACCAACUUGCGUUAUUCCACUGGCGAUCAUUUGGCCGUGUGGCCAAGUAAUGCUAAUGAGCAUGUCGAGAGCUUUUUGAAAGUGUUCAACCUCACAGACAAAAGAUCUUCUGUGUUUGAUAUUGAGUUCCUGGACCCUACUGUCACAGUUCACUUUCCGUUUCCAACCACAUACGAAGCAGUUGUUCGUCAUCACCUGGAAAUUUCUGGACCAAUCUCUAGACAGACAUUGAAGCAAUUCAUUCCUUAUGCUCCCGAUCAGUCUACUAAACAGGAGGUAAUCCGAUUAUCGGAGAGCAAAGAUGUGUUCCACAACGAAGUCACAGCAAAAUACUAUAACCUUGCUGACCUCUUGUUCAAAGUCUCAAAAGAAACUCCAUGGAAUGUUCCAUUCAACUUCCUGAUCGAGACCAUGCCUAAUCUGCAGCAUCGUUACUAUUCUAUCUCAUCAUCUUCAUUAAGUGAAAAGCAAACUAUUCAUAUCACCGCAAUGAUUGAGGCCUUCACGCCUACUGGAAGUGACCAUAUAGUGACAGGAGUCACCACUAAUUUGCUAUGGAACAUUCAGCUGAAUCAGGACAAAUCUACUGUUAAGGCGCCUGUCUCCUAUGAUUUGAACGGCCCAAGAAAUUUGUUUUCUCCAUAUAAACUUCCAGUUCAUAUCAGAAGGUCCACUUUCAAACUUCCAAGCAACCCGGCCCUGCCAGUGAUCAUGAUUGGACCUGGUACUGGGGUAGCUCCAUUCAGAGGCUUUAUCAGAGAAAGAUGCCAGCAAGUUGACAAUGGAACUCCUAAUAUUGGUCAAUCUAUCCUCUAUUAUGGCUGUAGAAAUUCUGAGCAGGAUUUCCUUUACCGUGACGAAUGGCCAACAUAUUCGAAGAAGUUAGGAGAUAAGUUCAAGAUGUACACUGCGUUCAGCAGAGAAAAUUCACACAAAGUUUAUGUUCAGCAUAGGUUAUUGGAAAACUCAAGGGAAUUUAUCGAACUGAUGGACCAAGGUGCUUUUAUCUACGUAUGUGGAGAUGCUGGUAAAAUGGCUAAGGAUGUAAAUAAGGCGAUUGUUGAAAUCCUCAUUAAAGAGAAAGGAUUGUCAGAGGAAGAUGCUACAGAAAGUAUUAGAGAGUUCAAAACUUCCAACAGAUAUCAGGAAGACGUUUGGUAA